AUGCAGCAGUGGUUGUUCAGUGUAACUUGACCUCCCUGCUCAGAGCGGAGUUUCUCCUCCCAGAGCUUCCAGUCUGACUGAGACCUGCUCCGGACUUUACUGGGUUAUUUCCCGGGACAGAAACCUGCAGAGACCCCAGAGACCAGUGCACAGACCUGAAACACACAAGAAAAUAGCCCGGAUCCGAGAUGGACAGCCGUCAUCUGUCCCAGCUGUAGGUCAGUGAUGGCCGUCGUGUUUCCUGGACGAGGAGGAGACGACGUCAGAUCCAGACUCCAUGUUGGUCGUCAUGGCCUCCCUGGAUGGUAGCACGCCGGUUGAGACGCUUCUGGCAGCGAUCCAUCUGGAGAGAUACCUGGACAUUUUCCGUCAAGCUGGUCUCCUAUUGGCUAGAGACUUUACUCACCUGGAUCAUGACGCCUUUGUCAGUCUGGGAAUAACCGCCACAGGACACAGGAAGAGAAUCCUACGACUGGUCAGUCACAUCCAGAGGACUGAAGCUCAAAGAGCCAAUCAGAAAGCAGUGACUGAUCUCCCACGUGACCGCUGUCAGUCUGUGACGGACAUUUCUUCUUCGGAGCGAGGCUGUGGCGCCGCUGCGCUCCAUCAGUCCACGGGACCCGUUAACUUCGAGGCGUUUAGGAACAGUUCGGCUCCGAACCUUGGCGCCAUGUUGACGAACUCAGACCCCAAUGGCAACAGAGUCAUGGUGAAGCCAGUUCCCAAACCCAGAACUGUCUUCAACCGCCGCAGGACUGCACCCAUCCACUUCUGUCCAACACCAGACCCAGCCCUGCCCAGGAGACUCUCCCAGGAGUCCAUCUGUUUCACUGUGUUAGAGGGUCUGACCUCAGGGGAUACACCUGACAACAGGUUGACCUCUGACCUCAACGACAAGUCGACCAGCCGAAGACCGAGUCAGGUGGAGAGGAUGAGGCGGAGUUUGUCUUUUUCAGACGCUGGGGGGUUGUUACCUCCAGUUCCCCCGAGGCUGAACCGCGGGGUCCCCCCCUCAGUGUUCAAGGGGUCCCCUCCCUCUUCUUCUUCACCUGUACAAACAGAGCAGAACCAGACUCACUCUUCACUGACUUCUGGUAGUCUGGACAUCAGCAGGCUCUCUGGAUCCCCACCCUCCACUUCACCUAGAGGAGGGGGGAUAGAGAUGAUCUCUAAUGAGAUCUACUGGGGCACUUUACCUGGAUCUACUGUCCCCAGUGGAGGGAGGAGUUACUGCAGCCAGCAGUCUGCUCCUCCAACUCCACCCAGACUAACUCCUGAGAGGAACAGUGGCAGCACUUUAAGUAACAACUCUUCAGGAUCAGCCAGAGCUUCGACAGACGACCCUGAGGAGGAGAUCAGUCCAUACUGUGAAACUGUUUUCCAACCCAGAAGACAUCCACACACCUGUGAGAGUGAGAGAAGCAGACUGGAGGGAAGAGAGACAAGGAGGGACGAGGAGAAACAUGCAGAGGAUCAUGGGAGUCAGAAGUUUUCCUGGACGAGGCGUUUGUCUCAGGCUCUUCACUCCGGAGACUCUCAGGGUUAUAGCACCGUUGGAGAACCUCCACCCCCUCUCCGCUGCCUCUCCCUGCCCCCCCACACCUUCCCCCCAGAGACUGACGAAGACCUGACCAUCUCCCCUUACGCCAGCUACACCUCCCUGACUGAGAGAGCCCCACCCAUCAUCAGCGGCUGGCUGGACAAGCUGUCUCCACAGGGGAACUAUGUUUUCCAGAAACGUUACGUGAAGUUUGACGGUAAAAACCUGAUGUACUUCGGCAGCGAGAAGGAUGUCUAUCCUAAAGGAGUCAUCCCAGUGGGUGCCAUCCAGAUGGCCCGCCCAGCCAAAGACAAUAAGUUUGAAAUAGUGACGAGUCAGAGGAUAUUUGUGUUCAGGACUGACAGUGAAGUGCUGAGGCGGCGGUUGUCCACACUGCAGGAACAUGUCAGGGAUCAGCUGGUGUUCGGUCGGCGGCGGUUCGGUCCUGGUUCUCACUGUCAGAGACACGGAAUCCUGGAACUGAAGGGAACCAAGUCCAAAGUCUAUGCCGCCAUCAACACGGAUCAGAUCUGGCUCUACAAGAGUGAACAGUGUUUUCGUAACGGAAUCGGCAUCACAGUGAUCGAAGCUCGAGGAGCGACAAUCAGAGAUGGAAAGCACAAGAGCUUUGACCUCAUCACACCAUAUAAAACCUUCAGCUUCACAGCAGAAUCGGACCGAGAGAAGCGGGACUGGAUGGAGGCCCUGCAGGAGUCAAUCGCAGAGACUCUGUCAGAUUACGAGGUUGCCGAGAAGAUCUGGUCCAACCGGUCCAACAGGAUGUGUGCUGACUGCAAGGCCCUGAACCCAGACUGGGCCUCCAUCAACCUGUGUGUGGUCAUCUGCAAGAACUGUGCAGGUAGGAUGUCUAGACCCGGUUAGAUCCCGCAGAGCUUU